AGCUAUGGCUCUAUCCAGUUUUGUGGCUGCCAGUCUACCAGAAACAAUGCAAAAUUGCAAACUAGCCACCUACGCAGCAUCGCUUCAGACUGGCGAAAUUGACGUACGUGAACCAACCCAAUUCCUUCGUCUCAGAAAUGUGUCGUCACACAGCCCGAACAGCAACAACAAACAUGGAGGAAUAUGCCCGUGAACCUUGUCCCUGGAGAAUAGUAGAUGAUUGUGGUGGUGCAUUCACCAUGGGGACAAUUGGCGGAGGGGUAUUCCAGUCAAUCAAGGGCUUUCGGAACGCUCCUGUGGGCUUUCAGCACAGACUAAAAGGUAGUGCCAAUGCUGUGAGAAUAAGAGCUCCACAGAUCGGAGGUAGCUUUGCUGUGUGGGGUGGACUUUUCUCAACGAUCGACUGUGGUCUGGUCCAUAUUCGAGGGAAAGAGGAUCCCUGGAACUCUAUAACUAGUGGAGCGAUGACUGGGGCAGUCCUGGCUGCACGCAGUGGGCCCUUGGCUAUGAUGGGGUCAGCUAUGAUGGGGGGCAUCCUACUGGCCUUGAUCGAGGGCUUUGGGAUCCUUCUGACCAGAUACACAGCACAGCAGUUUCAGAAUCCAAGUCCCUUUGUGUAUGACCCCAGCCAGCUUCCUCCGAAGGAUGCCAGCCAACAGCAGACUGGGUUCCAGUAGAGCCCAACUUGGUCUGUAGCUAAUGAGCCUAGCUACAGCCCUGCAUACUGUGACAGUCUCUGACUAGAGAGGAGAUAGGCGCUCUGUCACCUGACCACACAGCUGUCAGCAACCUCAGGGGAAUGGAAAUAUCUAACCUAAGCCUCCAUCCUCUCAAUGGCAAUAAGAAUGUAGAUGCACUUUAGUGUUAUUCCUCAGGGCUAGAUUACAGUUGAUUUGAGUUAUUUAUGAAUAUAUGUUUGUGUAUACCGGUACACCAGUGUUCCUUCUGACUAGUCCUGAAUAAUACACACUUUUAUCAGAUACAUUUGUGCCCAAACCCAUCAUUUUAUGGUGACUGUAAGAAUGUUGGUGCUUUAUUACCACAGCUACAGAAAUAGAAUGUGUAGCUGAAAAUAUAUAGGCAGUAAUGCAUGCAUACAAGUAUGGGAUGCCAAGAUUUAGGAUUUCCCUCAAUCUUAUCAGAAGUGUGUCAGGUUAUGGCACAAUCAAUGUCGUUCAAAACGGAUGUAUUUUCUCUUGCUUGUAAAAAUGCAAUGCACUGAGGGAGGAGAACUGCACUGUCAUUUAAUUUCCUCUCCUCUUUUAUAAUUGUAUGGCUUAUAAGGGUCUAAAUCACAUCACAAACGCACCAAUGAUUUGUUUCCAUUUGUGAAUCUCAGAUAGCCGGAAUGGAAUGUCAUGACCAAAUACAGUCACAGCUCAUUUGUUCUGCUGUUUAUGUCACUACCUUCAUUGGAUGCCUGCCAUUAUGCCAUGCAUUACUUGACAUUCCCGCUAUCUAAGCACUAUAAGGUCUAUCCACUUUGAUGAACCAAAGCACUUUCUUACUCCAUCUCUCUGUGUUAUUGUGUUGAGAAAAAUUAGAUGGUUUUGUGACACAAUGAAGAUAUGUUUUGUAAUGUAUAGAAUGCUGUACAAUAGUUGUUGGUUUUAAUGUAUUUAUGAUGCAGAAAAAUAAAUGUUUACAGUGUAAUUGACUGGAAAAAUUA